AUGGACAUGGGAAUGGUUGCUUUAUACAUUUUGUUGGCUUUACUAAGCCAAGGAAAUGGGCAACAGACACCUUUCAACGUAGUUGUUGCACAAAACGGCUCAGGCAAUUUCACUACUAUUGGAGAGGCAAUCGCUGCUGCACCAAAUUACAGCAAUGAAAAGUACUACAUUCAGUUAAAGGGAGGAUUCUAUUUCGAGAGCAUAGUUGUUGGAAUAGAGAAGACGAACAUCGUCCUCAUUGGGGAAGGCAUGCGGAGAACUAGAAUCUCAGGCAACAAAAGCGCUGGCGGUGGGUUUGAUACAGUUUCCACAUCAACUGUAGGGAUAUUCGGGAAUGGAUUCAUGGCACAAGGUAUAACUUUUGAAAACUCGGCUGGACCACGUAUGAAUCAAUCAGUUGCAUUAUUGGCAAAAGCUGAUAACUUGACCUUCUACAAAUGCCGGUUUAGCGGAUACCAAGACACCUUAUACACUGCAGAAGGAAAGCAAUUUUUCAGAGACUGCAUAGUCAUUGGAACAAUAGACUUCAUACUAGGUGACGCUGCAGUUGUAUUCCAAAACUGUGUGAUUCUUGCCCGAAAACCAUUACAUGGGCAGUAUCUCAUCAUCACUGCACAACAAAGACUGACUGGCGAAGAGAACACUGGAACAAUCCUCCAGAAUUGCACGAUAAAAGCGACAAGAAAUUUGCUGAAAGAAGAAUUAAAAUUCAAAUGCUACUUAGGCAGGCCCUGGGGGCGUUAUUCAAGAGUUGUAGUACUGCAGAGUUUCAUAGAUUCUGUCAUCACUCCAACAGGUUGGGUCCCAUGGCCAGGGGAACCAACCAAUGACGUAUUUUACGCUGAGUAUGACAACAGGGGACCAGGGGCAAACAGGGCGCUAAGAGUACCGUGGUCUACGGUUAUUACCAAUGUUGCACAGGCAUCUCAAUUUACACCAAGAAGUUUCCUGCAAGGAGGUGAUUGGAUACCUUCAAGUGUACCCCGUUAUCUAGAUUUAAUCCAAGAUUCUACCAGUGUACUUCGUUGA